AUGGAGAAGCCGCAGAUCAUCGCGCACAUCCAGCAGGGCCUCCACUACACCGUGUUCGACUGCAAGUGGGUGCCCUGCAGCGCCAAGUUCGUGGCCCUGGGCAGCCUGGCCCGCGGCGGAGGCCUCGUCCAGCUCUACGAGAUCCAGCACGGACGAGUCCGGUUGCUGCGGGAGAUCGAAAAGGCCAAGCCCAUUAAAUGUGGAACUUUUGGUGCGACGUCACUACAGCAAAGAUACCUCGCUACAGGGGAUUUUGAUGGAAACCUUCAUAUAUGGAAUUUGGAAGCUCCCGAGAUCCCAGUGUACGCCGUGAAGGGCCACAAGGAAAUCAUCAAUACUAUAGACGGUGUAGGUGGUUUAGGGAUCGGGGAAGGAGCACCGGAGAUUGUAACCGGCAGCCGAGAUGGAACUGUGAAAGUAUGGGAUCCCAGACAAAAAGACACUCCUGUGGCUAAUAUGGAACCGGUACAAGGAGAAAGCAAGAGAGACUGUUGGACUGUGGCAUUUGGCAACGCUUACAAUCAAGAGGAGCGGGUCGUAUGUGCCGGCUAUGACAACGGAGAUAUUAAACUCUUCGAUCUUAGAAAUAUGUCCCUACGGUGGGAGACAAACAUUAAAAAUGGGGUAUGUAGUGUAGAGUUUGACAGGAAAGACAUAAAUAUGAAUAAAUUAGUAGCCACAUCACUGGAAGGAAAAUUCCACGUGUUUGACUUAAGAACCCAGCAUCCCACCAAAGGCUUUGCCUCUGUUUCAGAAAAGGCUCACAAAUCUACCAUAUGGCAAGUUCGACACUUGCCCCAGAACAGAGAGAUUUUUAUGACGGCGGGAGGAGCCGGGGGCCUUCAUCUCUGGAAAUACGAAUACCCAAUUCAGCGGUCCAAGAAGGAUUCCGAGGGAGUGGAGAUGGGCAUUGCCGGGUCGGUCAGUCUCCUGCAGAACGUCACCUUGUCCACCCAGCCCAUCUCUAGCCUUGACUGGAGUCCCGACAAAAGAGGGCUGUGUGUGUGCAGUGCCUUUGACCAGACGGUGCGAGUGCUGAUAGUUACCAAGCUCAAUAAGGUGUGACACGCGGUCCCGCCAACCGCCGGGAAGACCUCGGAAGGUGACGCUUCAUCGGCCGCGGAUCGGCUCGCUGAGUAAAAGCGGAACAAGGGUGACGCAAAGAGUGACGUCGCGUGCCUUUCCUUACAGCGCAAGCAAGUUAGGUGCAUUUACCUGGAUGAAUACCGACUCGGCUGUUGGCAGGUUAGGGAAAAUGGUCUCAGGAGCUAAGUGUAUUUCUCUCUAAUUUUUUUGAUAGUGUAAACUUGAAAAAUAAAGCAGUAGUUCAAAAGUUGCCUUUCA